AUGGCGGUGCAUCUGGUUCAUCUUCCGGAGGCGGCUGUCGUCGUCCUGUUCAUUUCCUACCUGACGGAAAUAUCCUGUUCGAGGCGAAAUGAAUUCUACCGGAUAGAGCGGCGCACGGGGGGCCAAGAGCUCGAUUUCCGGAAAUUUCCGCUGUUUGGAGCGGCUGUUUUAGCGGACAGGAUAUGGAAUUCUGAGGGACUCGACGCGUGGAGCAAACUAGCGGAGAAGUAA